CAGCACAGAAGUCCUAAAUGGGAGGCCCGAGAAUGGGAGGAGGUUGGCGGUGCGUUUCGGUGCGGUGCGGUGAGGCGAGGCGGUGAUCCAGACUGUGGAGGGCAGAGCUGGUCGUUACAGAAAUGGCGGAGGGGGAGUUGGACGUGGACUCGCUGAUUUCCAGGCUUUUAGAGGUGCGAGGAUGUCGUCCAGGGAAGAUUGUCCAGAUGACGGAGGCUGAGGUUCGUGGCCUCUGCAUCAAGUCCCGGGAGAUCUUCCUCAGUCAGCCAAUCCUCCUGGAGCUGGAGGCUCCGCUCAAAAUCUGUGGUGACAUCCAUGGACAGUACACAGACCUGCUCAGGCUCUUCGAGUAUGGCGGCUUCCCCCCAGAGGCCAACUACCUGUUCCUGGGCGACUACGUGGACAGAGGGAAGCAGUCUCUGGAGACCAUCUGCCUGCUGCUGGCCUACAAGAUCAAAUACCCCGAGAACUUCUUCCUGCUCAGGGGCAACCAUGAGUGUGCCUCCAUCAACCGCAUCUACGGCUUCUACGACGAGUGUAAACGCAGAUUCAACAUCAAGUUGUGGAAGACUUUCACUGACUGCUUCAACUGCCUGCCCAUCGCUGCCAUAGUGGACGAGAAGAUCUUCUGCUGUCACGGAGGUCUCUCUCCUGACCUGCAAUCUAUGGAGCAGAUCAGACGCAUCAUGAGGCCCACAGAUGUGCCUGACACAGGCCUUCUGUGCGAUCUGCUGUGGUCGGACCCAGACAAGGACGUUCAGGGCUGGGGAGAGAACGACCGUGGCGUGUCCUUCACCUUUGGAGCUGAUGUGGUCAGCAAGUUCCUGAACCGUCAUGACCUGGACCUCAUCUGCAGAGCCCACCAGGUGGUGGAGGAUGGAUAUGAGUUCUUUGCCAAGCGGCAGCUGGUGACUCUGUUCUCGGCGCCGAACUACUGCGGAGAGUUCGACAACGCCGGCGGCAUGAUGAGCGUGGACGAAACUCUGAUGUGCUCCUUCCAGAUCCUGAAGCCAUCUGAGAAGAAAGCCAAGUAUCAGUAUGGAGGGAUGAACUCGGGAAGGCCUGUCACUCCACCCCGUACAGCCCAAGCUCCAAAGAAGCGAUGAAGAAGGACGAAGGCAAGAAGAGACAGAAUGACAACGAUGAUUGUCAGUUAUUGUCUCACACUUGGUAGAGGAGAAAACAGACCAACAUGGCUGUUUUAAAAGACGCACCCAAACCUGUCUUUCAUUUAAAUUUUUUUUUCAUCUGCCUCGGAACUGCUGUCACACACUCUUCUUCUUCUUCUUCCUCAAAGCUUUUCAUCUGCGUCACAUUUUUAAAAAUAAGUGUUAAAAAGAAAAAAAGGAGAAAACGAUGAAGGGUGUCAUUCUGUAGCAAUAGUUUUUUCUUUUCUUUGUAUUUUAUCUUUUUGUCAUUUUCUGUCAACAGAAUGACAGCUAAUGUAAUUUACGGCAUUUCCUUACUUCCCCUGCCUGUACAGAAACAACACAUGUCAAUGACGACUGCUGGGUUUUCAAUAAAUAAUACAGGGAUUAAAUCCA